AAAUACUGUAAAAACGAGGAUCAAAGAGUAGAGUUAACUUCACAGUUAACAGUAACACCACUGUCAAUUUCUUUUCAAAAAAAAAAAAAUCACCUUCCUCAACAGAGGCAGUCACGUGUGCUCUGCGGUACGGCGUCGUGCUUUCCGCCCCGCCACCACCACCAAAUUUUCUCUCUCACACACUAGUGCGUGCCGUAUCUUCCUCUGUUACCAUUUACUCGAUAUGGUUGCUUCGAAGAGUAACGGUUCGUCGCUGCCUCCGCCGCAUCCGAGGUCGCCGCCGCAGUUCCCCGAUUUGUACGGGAAGCGGCGGGAGCUCGCCAGGGUUCAGAUGCUUCAACGAGAGAUUGGCUUUCUAGACGAAGAACUGAAGUCUCUUGAGAGUAUUCCACCAGCUUCAAGAUCCUGUAAGGAGGUCGUUGAUUUUGUGACAGGAAAUGUCGAUCCUCUCAUACCUACAAUUAAGAAGACUCGAAGAUCACGUCGUUUCUGGAAAUGGCUCUGUGGAGUGUGCUGCUUCGACGUUUCAUGGAUUUGCUGCUGUGGUUGUUCGUGUGAUCUUAGUAUGCCCCAGUGCUGCGACUGUAUGACGUGUAAUUCCUGCAGCAACCCGUGUCAGAACUGCGGAAUACCAGCAUGCCAGUGUUUCCCAUGUUUUAGUAGCAAAUGCUUUAAGAAGAGGAAAUGCAGCCUGAAGUGCAGAAGCAGCUGCUGCUGCUGCAUGCCAAAGCACUCCUGCUGCCCAACCUGCUCUUGCACAAGGUGUACAUGUUAUCCUAAAUGUCCAAACCUAAACAUAUGUUCAUGUUGUCACAAAACCUGCUGCUUCCCUUGCUAUUACUGUAUGUAAAUUUUAAUGGAUAAAUAUAUUCUUGUUAUAGUCAUUUUUAUCUGGGGCCCAUUAA